AUGGCCCUACUGUCCGCUCUAAUCACCGAGUUCCACUACUUCCCAUGGAAUAAAGGCCGUUUAUUCGGAACCUACCUGAUCCAGCUGAUGACCAUGGUUGGCGACGGGAGGACACUAGUGAAUCGGUAUACGAUAGGCAGCUAUACCAUAAAGGUGAUGAGAGUACUAGAACUAUUCUUCAAUAUAUUCGCGGGUGGGGAGCACGGGAUACUUAUAAGAAUCCGCGUUAAAGCUCAGCCGAUGGAGGAUCAAACUUCAACGAGCACCUAA